GAAGCAUAUAUACAAACAAGAUAAAACCCUAAAUUCAAAACCUCAACACAGAACUGAACACUAGCUUAAGCCAAGAAAGAAUCAAAAGGACCCGCAAAUUUUUGCCAUUUGGUUUUAUAAAAUUAUCAAUCAUGCCGAAGUCUAAGCGUAAUAGAACAGUUACACUAACAAAAACGAAGAAGAAAGGAAGGGAACAUAAAGAGUCGAUAGUGAAUUCUAUAAGGGAGGCUGCGGAAACCUACAAUUCAAUUUAUGUGUUUUCUUUUGAGAACAUGAGGAAUCUCAAGUUCAAAGAGUUUAGAGAGCAGCUCAAAACUAGUAGCAGAUUCUUCCUUGGAUCAAACAAAGUAAUGCAAGUAUCUUUAGGCCGUACUGUUGCAGAUGAGGUUAGGCCUGGUAUUCACAAAGUAUCUAAGCUCCUGCGCGGAGAUGCUGGACUUUUUCUUACCAACUUACCAAAAGAAGAAGUUAAAAGGUUGUUUAAUGAAUAUGAAGAAUAUGACUUUGCGAGGACAGGAAGCAUUGCGACAGAAAAGGUAGAACUUAAGGAAGGUCCUUUGGAACAGUUCACUCAUGAAAUGGAGCCCUUUCUGCGCAAGCAAGGGAUGCCUGUUCGGUUGAACAAGGGUGUUGUGGAGCUAGUUUCAGACUUUGUUGUCUGUGAAGAGGGAAAGCAUUUGUCACCUGAGUCAGCUCGCAUACUACGAUUACUGGGGAUUAAGAUGGCUACCUUCCGGCUUCACUUAAUCUGCAGAUGGAGUCCUGAAGAUUUUGAGCUUUAUAGGGAAGGACAGGACGAGUCAGAUGUUGAUUCUGCAUGAGAUUUUGCAGCAAUCACAAGUCUGUGCACUUCUUGAAUCUGUGUAAAAUACUGAUAUGAUUUAUCAAAAUUGCUUGUGUAAUACAAAUUCAUGAGUAGGCAGUGUGUUUGUAGUGCAAGUACUGCAGGAGCACAAGUUUUGGGUAAUCAAAAGGCAGCAUGGUGUUUUGACUGCUUUUUAAAAAGAGAAUACAUGAUAUGAUUCUUGUUCA